AUGUCGAACCCCGAAGGUGCUACUGCGACUGCGCCGCCCACCAAUGGCGAUACUGUGUCCGAUACCAACGUACAGGCACUGGCCCAAUCGGCGCCCGUGAACGUCCAAACUGAGUCUCCUCCCACCCCGAAGCCAAUUGACCUCGAGCUACCGACAUCCGCCGCAGAUGGUCUCAUCAAGAAGCCUUUCGCUAAGCCGUUGGACACAGCCAAGCCGAUACCUCCCGCGCAGCUUACUCCGGAACAACAAUCCAAGUACGAGGCUGUGCUCAAGUCUGCUUCAUCAUGGACCACUGUCGCGGACAAAGCUGAGAAGAAUUCCCCGACAUCUCCCAUAACCGAGGAUGAGAAGAUGUGGUUGACCCGCGAGUGUCUCCUGCGGUACCUACGCGCAACCAAGUGGAAUGUCUCGGAGGCGGAGACGCGGCUCCAGAGCACCCUCACAUGGCGUCGCGAGUAUGACUUGAAGAAAUUGACACCCGAAUACAUCUCUAUUGAGAAUGAAACUGGCAAGCAGGUCAUUUUGGGUUAUGAUGUCAACGCACGACCUUGUUUGUAUCUCUUGCCAUCCAACCAGAACACGGAGAGAAGUGACCGCCAACUCGAGCAUCUUGUCUUCAUGCUGGAACGGGCCAUUGAUCUCACUGGACCGGACCAGGAGACCCUGGCGCUGAUUGUCAACUUCAACGAGACAAAGUCUGGCCAGAACGCAAGCAUUGGUCAGGCCAAGCAGACGCUCAGCUUCUUGCAGAACCACUACCCCGAGAGGCUUGGUCGGGCUCUGGUGAUCAACGUGCCUUUCGUCAUCUGGGGAUUCCUCAAAUUGAUCACACCCUUCAUUGACCCCAAUACUCGAGAGAAGCUCAAGUUCAAUGAGGACUUGCGCCAGCAUGUCCCGCCUAGCCAUCUUAUGAAGUCUGUGGGUGGUGAUGUCGAAUUCCGCUACGACCAUGCAUCCUACUGGCCCACAUUGAACAAGCUGGCUGAGCAGCGACGUGAUGCUUACCGUGAACGCUGGGUUCAGGGUGGCAAACAGGUGGGCGAGUUUGAGAACUACCUGAAGGGCGCGAACGUUCCUAGCAUGUCUCAGACCCAGGUUGAGGCCAAGGCCAGUCAACAAGCUUGA